GGCGGUUCCUGUGGCGGGCUUCUCCUUGUGCGCGUUGUCGGGCGUGGUGUCCAACGAUCAACUUUUUCAAUUUUUUUACCGCCAACGUGUGAGCAGUUCUGGCCGACUGCAGUUCUCCUUGGCAGCGUGCAUUGUCGGGCAUUGAUAGGCGCACGAGAGCAGGCUUUGGUCGAUGCACUCCUCGCCUGCUGCGAUUCAUGGCAGACGCGUUUCGGCGGGUCCCGCUCCUGCUACUGGCCACUCUUCUCCUGGUCCUUGUGGUCUCGUUGCGAAUAUGUGUCAUCGUGCGGGGUCUGGGGAGCAGACGAAAACGACGCACGGCGAGGAAGGCGACGAUGGAAAGGCGGGAAACCUCCAGCGGACUACACAAACGUGCGAUCAACUUCUCCACUCCAAACCGGGCGGUACCGGCGCGUCGUGCACCCGCGUAUGACCCCACGUUGUACAGUCAUCUGCCACCACACGAGCAGCCGUUACCGCUGGAUCCGGAAGAGGAGUGGCUAGAGGAUCUGUCCCACACUCUGCCACUGGGGAGCGAAUCUAUGCAGGAUUGGAUGGGCAGCCAUUGCCGACAAAGGGAGGCAGAGAGAAGUCGCCACUUGUUCUCGGCAAUGCUGGAGGAAGGUAUCGACGGAGGCAAGACAAAGAUUGUGGACUUGGAUUUCGGCUUGUCAAGCGGGACUGCUGCACCGGUUAGGAACAGUUGUGCAUCAAGCCACGUCGCCACCACGACCGUCCGACAAACGUCUUUGCAUGGGGCGGGAAUGGCGGGGCGGGGCGCAAGGUCGUGUCCGGUGAAUGGCAUCGCGGAUGGGUGUCGUCCGACACCCUCCUUCUCUCGAGGCGCGGGAACAUCUGGCGACAAGGCGACGACAGUGUUAUCCCCUCACUCGGCAAUGCCUUCACCCCCACCACGCCGGAGUGUGGCCGCAUUGGUAGCAAACACAACCACUACCUCACCGGAAGAAAUUGCCAGGCAUGUGUGGGAGUCCUUUAGCCAACAGAUGCACGGACCGACCGCUGAGAACAUAACGAACGGGGUGUCGAGGAUGCGUGUUGGAAGCGAUGCGGAUGCGGACGACACCCGAAGGGCGACUGGUGACGAAUCUUCGAAGUUUCAUUGCGAGGACGAAGCGGACAAUGCGGAAAGGUUGGUGAUUCGACCCCUGGGUGUGCGUGGUGGAGGGAGGGGUGGAUGCCGGCGUCAACAAAAUCGGGGAUCCCGUGGGGAUGAGCGACUGUACCUUGAGAUCGACAACAUGUCUCGAGGCAAUAAAACCAUCUACCCAGACAACCUCGCUGACACGAGCGCCUGUGGAGAAGUGCAGAUGUCGGGGGACACACAACUUUCGCCAUCGGUUGCGGGAGAAUCUAUCGCCGAGGGAGACGCGGGUGAUGGCAACGAUGAAGAUGGAGGGUCGGCGCGGGAGUCUGAGUUCAGUGCAGGCAGCACGGGCGACGCUGAGAAAAGGAAGAACAUGCGGGAGCAGACGUUCAACACCACCGCCGAAGUCAUGGAGAAGCACGGUGCAUUGAUGGCGGACACUGUGCAGAGGGCAAGCAAGCGGCAAUUUUCCAUCCUGGAGCGGCAGUGCGACAUACUCAAGCGCGAGGUUGACGCCCAGAAGCGGCACAACGAGACGUCCGACGAGGCGAACAGGAUGAUGUGCAGUGCGUUUAUGGAGAUCGUGAAAACCAUCAGGGAUAGGUCCUGAUGCCGCCUCAGCUCUGCAGUCGGUCGUCAUGUUGAUGCAUGCAUUGACGUUGCAUUCCUCGCUUGUUUUUCGUCGGUGCCUCAGUGAUAG